AUGAAAUAAUAAAUUGCACCAAAACCCAAAAUUACUACUCAAUUACCAAUAUUGCCAGAAAUAAAAAGAUAAUCCAAGGAUUCUUUGGGGACUCCUCUGUAAGUUGCGUAUGAAUAUAUAGGAAAUUAAUGAAACCAGCUAUUUAGAAUCCUUUAUCAUAAUCUCGUCUUUCAAGAUAAUCAAGUAGCAUUGAAACUACAAUAUCAUAAGAAUCAUAAAGAAAGUAGUCUCAACCAAAGAAGCCUAAUGUUGAAACUUUGGUGAAGAAUAAGACAUACUUUAAUCAUCGUUCUUUAAUGAAUGAUUAUUUGAAAAGAUAGAACAUUUCAAUUGCAACUAAAGUGUUUUGUUUUAAUUCAUAAGAUGAGUAUAUUCGAAGAUGUUUAUAAAGACAUGGUUGGCUUGAAACACCUUGUAACUAAUAAAUAUUUGAUCUAAAAUGGGUUUAUACUGAUAAUCCUGAUGAUUUUAAAACAUUAUUAGAUGGAUAAUUUUACAAUCAUUUUAGUAACACUAAAGAACUUACUACAAAAUCAUGUUUAUUAACAAACUUUAAAAAUUAAUGUGAAUAUGGUUAUGAUACAAGUACUUUCUUUCCAAGAGCUUUUGAUUUAGGAAAUGCAACAGAUAGAGAGGAUUUUCUUAAAGAAUAUGAAAGAACUGCUGUUACAAUAAUAUUAAAGAAGGCUAUUUUUGCUUUGAGAAUUAAGAGAAAAAAUGAGAUGAAGAAAAUAAAAGAAGUAAUAUUUAAGGAAUGGAAAGAGAAAGAAGAAUAUUCAAAGAUUAGAAAAAUUGAUAUGAAAAGAACUGUAAAGAGGAAAUACAAAAAUAUUUAUACAGCAUAAGAAUUGGAAGAUUAAUAAUAAUAAUCAGAUAUUAAAUUUGAUUGUUUAAUUAUGUCUGAAGUAUUAUCUAGAUUAUCUGAUAUGAAAAGAUAGUUAAAAGAUGGUUUCUAUGAUGAUAAAAAUUUUGAAUUGAGUUAACAAUACAUAUCAAAAACUAGAUUAAAGUAAUAUUUAUAUUUAUUUAUAUUAUAGUUUAAUUACUUAUUCUCAAAUUUAAAAGUUUGAUAAAGGUACUAAUCCAAGUUAAUUUUUAAUAAAAAAAUUGUAUAGAUAUCAUUUGUUUUUUAAAAAGUAUGAUCCAGCAUAUAAGGUUGAUGGAAUUAAUAAUAUAUGGAUUAUUAAACCAGGAGGAUGUGCAAGAGGAUAAGGAAUUUAUUUAGAAAAGGAUAUUACAGAAGCAAUUAAUAGUGGUUAAUAAAUGUAAGCUAGAUUGGUACAAAAGUAUAUAGAAAGACCAUUGUUAUAUAAAGGAUAUAAAUUUGAUUUGAGAUAAUGGGUUUUAGUAAGGAGUUUCUAACCAUUAUAAGCAUUUGUUUUCAGUCAUUGUUAUAUGAGAAUGUGUAGUCAACCAUAUGAUGUGAAAGACACUAAGAAUUUAUUAAAGCAUUUGACAAAUUUCUCUUUAAAUAAAUCAGAAUUUAAGAAGUAAGUGAGCAAUAAUAAUACAUUAGUCAAAAUGAUUCAAUUUACAGUAGUGAUUUUAUGUAGCAAUGGCUUCCUGUUGAUUGGUAAAAGAUAGUUAGACCAUAAUGUAAUGACUUAAUGAUUAAAACACUGAAAAUAUUAUAAGAUCAAUUUGAAGGUGAAUCUAAAUAUUGUUUUGAAUUAUUUGGUUUUGAUAUUAUGUUAGAUGAAUAUUGUAAACCAUGGUUAUUAGAAGUCAAUUUAUCACCAGCAUGUGCAGAAAGAGCAGAUUGGUUACAUGAAAUGUUAGAUUCUAUGGCUGAAAGUAUGUUUAAUAUAGUAUUUGGUGAUGAAUUUAUUAGACCUAAAAAAUACUAUUAUGAAUUAUUAAUUGAUGAAGAAUAAACUUAUAAUAAUUAAUAAUAGAAUGAUAAUUAAUUUGAAUUAUGGGGAUAAAAAUGUAAUAUUAAAAGAGAAAAGAUGAUUGAUAAAAGAUAUAUAGAAUCACUUGCAGCUUUAAUGAUAUAAAAAUUUUAUAGAAUGUAUAAAGCUAAAAAAAUAAAAUGGUUUUUAAGAGAUACAAAAUAUGCUAUUAUUAUCUAAAAAUAUGUUAGGAGAAUGCUUGCUAAAUUAUUAAGAAUAAGAAUAAAAAAUUAUAAUUCAGCUACCAAAAUAUAAACACUUAUUAGAGGAUUUUUAGCUAAAAAGAGGAGAUAUCAUUUAAAAAGAAACAAAAUGGCAACUAAAAUAUAAUGUAGAUUUAGAUGUAAUUAAUCAAUAAAAAUUAAAAAUUAAUUAAAAAGAGAAUUAGCAAUUUUGUAUUUAGAAUAAUUGAUCUCAUUUAAAAUAUCAUUUAAAGUGGCUAAUGAUUUGAAAUACAAACUAUUUAAAUAUAAAAAAAUAUAAAGAUGGUGGAAAUCAUAAUAUAGAAAAAGAAUAAAAUAAAGUGCCAAAAUUAAUUCACUUUUUAAAUGGUAUUCAUAUAUUAUUAUUAAUUUAGUUUUAUUUAAAAAAAGAAAUAUAAGAAAUUACUUAAAAAUCAUAGAUCUGCUAUUAUAAUUUAAAAAAAUUAUAAAAGAUUUAAAGCAAUUAAAUUAAGAAAAAGAUUGGAAAAAGAAUAAACAGCUCUUUUAUUGUAAUGUUUAAUGAGAAUAAGAUUAGCAAAAAGGUAAAAGAAAUUAGAAAUUAUUCAAAAUGGAUUAAAUAAAUUAACAAAAGUUUAUGGUAGACAUAAAUCAAGAGUAGCAAUGGUUAAUAUAUGGAAUAUGGGAUUGUUAAGGGUGAAAUCAAUUAUGAAAAUAUAGUCAUAUAGACUUGUAAUUAAAUCAAAAAGAUAUGUACGUAGACUCAAACGAUUAAAGAAAUUUAUUAGAUUAUAAGCAUUUAUAAAAGGCUUUUUAUAAAGAAAGAGAUAUAGAAGAUUAAUUAAAAGAAAAAGAGCAAUUAAAUUAAUUAUUAAAUGUAUUAGAAGAUAUAUCUUUAAAAAGAAGAUAAAGAGAAGAAUUUAAUAGAAAAAAGGAAGAGGUCUUAAUCUAUAUUCUUAAUAGCCUAGUAAAACAAAUACAAUUUAAACUAUAUCUACUAGAAAUUCAUAAACUAUAUAAUAAAAUACAAAGAAAUAGACAAUCCAAAUUCCUAAAAAGAAAUGA